CCCUGGGGGGUGCCCUCUUUUUUUUAAACCCCAAAUUGGGGACCAGGCGAUCCUUCACCCCGAAGCCUGGGGGUCUGGACUUGGCCUUUGCUUUCAGAGGCCUCGAGUCUGCCGGAGCCCUGGGAUGUAGAGAGACUGGAGCGGCGAGGGGACCCGGAACGAUUCUUUCGCGGAACCAUUGCGGCGAGGCCCCUCGGAGCGCGCGCAGGGGCGGACCGCGGCGGGCCGGGCCAGACGGGCAGGGAUGGCGGCGACGGCGACGGGCGCGGCCGACGCGGGGCAGGGGAUCGCGGUCCCCGUGGAGCUGCGGCGCGAGCGGCGUAUGGUGUGCGUGGAGUACCCAGGCGUGGUGCGCGACGUGUCCAAGAUGCUGCGGACGCUGGGCGGCGAGGAGGGCGUUUCCCGGAUCUACGCAGACUCCACCAAGAGGCUGGAGCUGUACUUCCGGCCCAAGGACCCUUACUGCCACCCUGUGUGCGCCAACCGCUUCAGUACCAGCAGCCUGCUGCUCCGGGUCAGGAGGAAGACCAGGCGGCAGAGGGAGCUGCCGGGGCUUGAGCCCCACCCCGGGGCCACGUUCGACAUAGAGAUACUUGGCAUCAUCUCCACGGUUUACAAGUUUCAAGGAAUGUCCGACUUCCAGUACUUGGCGGUGCACACGGACGUGGGCGGCAGGCACAUGUCCAUGUACGACAAGGUGCUCAUGCUCAAACCCGAGAAGGAGAGUUUCUUCCACCAAGAGCUGCCGCUCUACAUCCCCCCACCCAUCUUCUCUCGGCUGGACACCCCAGUGGACUAUUUCUAUCGGCCAGAGACGCAGCACCGGGAAGGCUACAACAACCCCCCCGUCUCAGGCGAGAACCUCAUCGGCCUGAGCAGGGCCCGGCGCCCCCACAACGCCAUCUUUGUCAACUUUGAGGAGGACGAGGUACCCACGCAGCCGCUGGAGGCUGCCGUCCAGACGUGGAGGAGGAUCUCCACCAACCCCACGGACCGCAAGGUGGAGGAGGAGCUGCGGAGGCUGUUUGAAAUCCGUCCCGUCUGGUCACGAAAUGCCGUCAAGGCCAGUAUCAGCGUUCACCCCGACAAGCUCAAGGUCCUGCUGCCCUUCAUGGCCUAUUACAUGAUAACAGGCCCCUGGAGAAGCCUGUGGAUUCGAUACGGGUAUGAUCCCCGAAAAAACCCAGAUGCCAAGAUUUAUCAAGUCCUUGAUUUCCGAAUCCGUUGUGGAAUGAAAUACGGUUACGCCCCGAGUGACAUGCCCGUCAAGGCCAAGCGCAGCACCUACAACUACAGCCUUCCCAUCACCGUCAAAAAGAUGCCCAGCCAGCUCGUCACCAUGCAUGACCUGAAGCAGGGCCUGGGUCCAUCGGGGACGCCUGGCACACGGAAAGCAACCUCCAACAAGUACAAGCUCAAGGACUCAGUCUACAUCUUCCGGGAGGGGGCCUUGCCGCCUUAUCGACAGAUGUUCUACCAGUUGUGUGACUUGAACGUGGACGAGCUACAGAGGAUUAUUCACCGCAACGACGGGGCCGAGACCUGCUGCACAGAGCGCGAUGGCUGGUGCCUUCCCAAGACUAGCGAUGACUUGAGGGACACGAUGUCCCUCAUGAUCCGGCAGACCAUCCGCUCUAAGAGGCCUGCUCUCUUCUCCAGCCCGGCCAAGGCCGACAGGGAGAAAGAGCCCCUGACAUACGAGUCUGGGGAUGACGAGGAGGAUGAGGAGGAGGAGGAGGAGGACUUCAAGCCAUCCGAUGGCAGUGACAACGAGAUGGAGACAGAGAUUCUGGACUACAUGUGACACAGUCCUGCUCCCAAGGCUGGGUGUCCUGAUCACACAAGACUGGCGAGGGAGCCGGGAUAAGCCAUGGCUCCCCAGUGCUGCCCAUGGUAACCGGAGCAGCCCUGCGAGCCCCCCCCGCCAGAGGAAAGCUGGGGUCUCGGCGCUGGGUACAGUUGACUCUGGUCCUACCCGUGUGCCCGUGACACCAGCUGCACAGGGCUGCACUUUGGCCCCAGGUGCUUGGGGACAUCCCCAGAGGGUGUGACCUGGCUUUCCGCAGGCAUGAGCCAGCCCAGCGUCCAGCAGGCUGAGCCGGUGCCCAACACCUCUCUCUGGCUGAGAACAGCAGAAGUGGGAGGGGGUGAUGUGGCCAGGGGAGGGGGGCGGCCUUGCCUCGGGGUUGAUGGCUGGUCACCAACAAGGAAGCUGCUCCGUGGUCACAGAUGGGCCAGGGCUGUCCUUGGGUUUGGAUCCCAUUCAUCUGGGACCCAGCUGGAGUUGUUCUUACAAAUACACGUUCCAAGGAGAAA